AAUGUACAAAUCAUUUAUAUGUGAUUAAAAACGUCUUUCCACGUGAUAAUAAACUUUUGACAAGCAUACAGUUGAAAAGGUUUUCAAUAUUCAGAGGAAAAAUAUUCAUCGUCUUCUUAUAUUAUUCUAAUACAAAGCGCUCUUAGUGUCUGGAUGUUUGUGGAUUUGUAUUAGCGAUCUAAUAUUACAUUACAAAUUAAGGACACCAUGUGGUCAGAUGAAAACCAUUGUAUUAACUUCUGUAUUUUCUGUGAAAGAUUCAUGGUGACCUUACAAGGGCCAGAGUCAAAUACCACAUUUGGCCUCCUUGCCACACUCUUUAAAACAAAAUGCGAGAUUUUAAGGUUACCAGUAAGUGAAAAUAAAACACAAAUACAUCUCAAGAACAAAAGGAGAUGUUGUGUUUCCAAGUGUUUAUAAGAGUUGGCGGCAGAAGAAAAGGGUGUCGGGGGAAAGUGGCACUUCUCAUUGGUGUGGUUGUGCAAAUCCUAUUAAUAGCCUCUGUAUUUCAGCAGCUGUCCCUCAGCUCCCUGCCUAGCACCUCUCAAGUUUCGGCACUCCUCAGACCCAACCCUCCCUCCACAGAAGUUCCCUCCUACUCAAUCCAGACUUGUGGGUGCUCUUGCACAGACUCGGGUCUUAGUCCUGCUGUGCCGCUUCAGUGACAAAGGCAAGAUUGGAAGGUUAACCAGGCCUGGAGAGAAGGUAAUGGACUCAGGCCUCUGGUGGAUUGUGUGUGUGUACCGGUAUGUGUGCUCAGGUCUGCCUAGCACUUACAUUUUUGACUUAGAUGGUGUUUUCGGAGUGACUUUUGGAAACUAUUUUUAGGUGUCUGAUGAUGAGAGAUGGUGAAACAUUGUUAUCUAGAGCACAGCUCCUGUGUUCUUGAAGGUCUUCAAACUUGACAUGUUGGUUAAUCGUGUGAUUGGCUAAAAUAUUUGUGCCUCUGCUAAAUUCUGAGCUUUAUUAAGUCAGAGACUGGCAUUUAGAUUGAAGGACAGUAGUUUGGAUUUCAAUAUGAUUUAAAUGACACGGUUUUACUUAGUAAAAUAAAAUAAAGUCCUCUCUGUCCUGGUAGGAAAUGACAUGAGCAACAUUUGACAUGCUUCCUCACUCCACUCCUCCACUGCAGCAAACCUCAUCUGAUGCACUCAUGUUCAUUCAUUGCCAGAGCUGAAAUCUAACAUUAAGGUGAAAAACAAAACCACAAGUCAGAUUUGUUAUUCAUUUAACUUCUCAUUAUUAGUGAUCUUUUUUCCCCACAACCAAUGACUAUUUAUUUAAAACAUAACCUACAAAAGGCAAGACAUGUAUUUGAAUGUAGUGAAGGUGAAUUGGAAACUUUAAGUACAUUAAGUCCUGGGUUUCAUUCCACCAAGCAAUCUGUUUCAAAGUAUCCUAGAUCUCACUUACUUUCCUUGAACAAGGAUCAAUAGUCUCUUUAUUGCAGUCAGUUUUAUUGAGUAGAGUAAUUUUCCUCUUUCUUGGGCUUUUUUUCAUCUUGUUUUCCAGAUUACUAUGUUUUUCCUGAAUUACUGAAAUACUUCCUAUAAAAUAAAAUCUGAAAUAAUCUUGUGUGAACCUCCAACCACUGACACAUCCUUAAAAAAAGACAAUUAUUGUGCAAGAAAUACUGAGAAAAUCAGAUAAAAUAGCACUGAAAAAAAAAAACAAAGCACCACAAUAAAUCUGCUUUAAAAGCAAAUACUCCAAAGGAAUAAAGGACAAAAAAAAUCACAACAAAAGAAAUAAUUACCAAUAAAUAAAUAAAUAAAUAAAAGCCUGAGAUAAAUUGCUAAAAAAAAUAAAGAUUAUGCUUUUUCAAGUAAAUGCAACACAUGUCUGUAUGUCUUAUGUUGGCUUUCGAAGAUGGUCUUUAUUCUAUGUACUAGGUGAGCAUGAUUUCUGUUGGCUGCUAUGUGAAAAGUUCAUGCAUUCAUCAUGCUGUUCAUGUCUUCUGUUCUGAGUGCAGUGUGGUCUCUGUCUUGACUGUGUAUGUGUUUCAGUUUUCAUUCGCUUUAAAACUCCUGCUUUAAUAAGCCUCCUUUUCCGUACUGUCUCUUCCACUGUUUCUCAUCAUUCCAUCCAUGUAUUCUCCCCAUAGCCAGCUUGUUCCAUGACUUCUGGUCUGUCAUCAUGGCGUACAAAUCACGCUUUUCAUUUUGGGAGCAAAAGGGAAGUCUCGUUUUUCUGUUUGUUUGCAACUUUGGCAAUGUCAAAUGUUUGCUUGACUUGCCUUCUCCAUGCAUGUCUCUUGAAGAGUUUGGGUUUGAUGUUUUUCCUUGGCUUCUUUUUGUUUAGGUUAAAGUUGAAAACAAGCCAGCUGUAAGUGUCUUUUCCACUUCUUUGUUCAGGUUUAUCUAGAGGAAAACUCAGAAAUUACUUGGUGUGCUUUGGUACUAAUAAAUACUCGACAUAAAAACUAAAAUUAGUAGUGAUGGGUAGAUGGGGUAUCAUGAAACAGUACUGCAGGUUGAUGUGCUAAUUUUUAGGGGCCACUGGAUGGCGCUCUUGUUUUAUGAAUGAAGUGAGGUUGCAUUGAAUUCAUUGUUUAAGUCCAGACAUUUUACAGCAUUCGGUACCACCUGGUGGCCAGUGAAAAUCAGGUCACUGUUUCAUGAACCCUAAUCAACCCUUCAAUAUUGUAUCAUGAAACCUCACCUACCCAUCACUACGAAGAAGAAAUGGACCCACCACAUGGCCCAAUCUCUCAAGGUUAAGGUUUUUAUUUUAAAUAAAAAAAUAAAAUAAAACAAAAGAGUGCAACACUUGACUUGAGAAUUAAAGAUAAUGAGUAGCUUUAAAACCCAGUGUAGCUUGAAAAAAAGUGACUGAGAAAUUAAUUAAUCUUUUGUUUUUUUCAUCCAGAAUUGAUACAAACGAUGAGCACUAAAUUUCCAAAUAAUAAAAUCUAUACUUUCCAAUGCGUUAAAUUAAGUUAAUUAGAACAAUAGCAGGUUUUAUUGACGCUAAACAGGAGAAAAAUAAACAUUUAUGCAUUGAAGGUGUUUAAUAUGAAAAGAACAAUGAAACUGAAAAUAUAAACUCAACGGUUGCCAUGAUGAAUAUUUUCUUAAUGCAGGUGAACCACUGACUUCACUGUCUUCCUGACCUAGAUGAACUCUGCCUCGUACCCAUUACCACCUGGGAUUAGCUCCAGUUCUCCCGUGUCUGAGUUCAGGAUUAGUAGGAGAAGAUAAAUGAUAACACAGAGGGAGAUUCACUUGCUGGCGAUGACAUACCGAUAGAGGCAGAGGUGUUCGGAUUAGACCUGUCUCACUGAGUCGGUAUAUUAAUCUACACCCAAGGCAAGCAGUUUAUCAGCGAGCCACAUGAACAGGAAGGCUUGAAAACAUUGUGAAGAUGUCUGGUUCCUCUUGUUCAGGUUUUAAAAUCCACCCCAUAUUAUCAACCACUUGAGUCCUUGUUUUUAAAAUGUUGGCAUUAUAUACUUUCCAUUAACUUCCUUGUUAUUAUAAUAACUAUAAUAACUAUGAAUGUUGACAGGACAUUUUGGAGUCCUAACACCUCAUAUCAUAUAUUAAGUCUCCAAAGUCUCAGUUGUGACUUCUAAUGUCUUCUUUGUACUAUGAGAUCUUGGUGGUUGUUAGUCUGUAAAUCUUAUCCCAUUUGAAAUGAAAAUAAAUAUAAGACGACCCUAAUAUUGACCAAAUCAGUGCGGAACACUAACACAAAGUUAUUUAUUUCUUCUGCUUCAGCAGUUGAUCUAUUCUGUCUGGUGAUGUAAUGGGCACCGUCCUUCUUUUGUCUGUACACAGUCUGAUGUUGAUAGUGGUCAGAUUGCCUCUUCGGUAGACACUGGGAAUUCACUGCCAUCCGCUGAACCACCAGCUGAACCACCAGCUGAUAAGUCCAAUAGUACCAUGGGUGGUACUGAGCCAACGGGGGAGGAGCAGGGUGCCACUGGUAAGAAGGUGGUACGAGUUGUAAGACGAGUCGUUAGACGUGUUAUUCCAACCGGGACGGAGGUCCAAAACCUGCCGGUGACUACUGAGGGAUUCAGAGCUGCUGCUGGAGCCGAGUCUGCACCCAGAACAUCCAAGCCUGUGCGUGAAGAUGGGGAUGAUAUAUCCAUGGGCUUGACAAGCCUGAUGGGAAGAGGUCGAACCAAAGACCACAGACCUCGAACUCGCAACCAGGACCGCAAAGAGGACAUGACGGAGGAUGGGAAGCAGCAACAGGAGGAGGAGGAGGAGGAGAAAGAAAAGGAAGCAGGCAAGGAAGAAAAGGGCGCAGAAGAACAGCAAGAACAAUCGACCCCUUCUAUCCCAGCGCAACCUAAACCUAACCCAUUCACCCCGCCCCCAGGAUUCAUCCCUGCCCCCAAAUUGGACCCAUUAGCUCCACCUGCUGGUUUCAUCCCUGCUCCAAAACAGAAUCCAUUAUCACCGCCGCCUGGAUUUAUCCCAAGAAAAGCUACCCCAGCUCUCACCAAACAAAAUACUCUGCCCAGACCAGUUGGUUUCAUUCCUGUUCCAAAAGUGGACCCUCUGGCGCCGCCUGCAGGGUUCAUCCCAAAGCCUCGCACGGUAGCUGUGAAGAGACCUGAGGUACUGAGUCGGGCAGUGCAUGAUUGGUGCCAUAACUCUGAGUGGAGCAUGAUGAGUGAAUACCACCAGGAAUGUCAAUCCAAGGGUUGGGGAUCUGAUGAUGCUUCCCAGCUAUAGGUCUGAGCAAUUCAUGGACUGAAAAUAACAUUUGAAAACAU